AUUAGGGGAUUUCCCCUCUGGUUCGGAAUGCAAUUCAAGAGCACGGAUCGAGAACCCUGCAGAGGAAGUAGUAGACCUACAUACGUGAUUUGGGUUUUCACUUGUCGGUGAUAGCAUGAAAAGGAAACAAACUGGAAAGUGUAUUUCUAAUAUUGGUUAUUUAGCAGAUACUUGGGCAACAUGAGCGGACUGGGUGAUCAAAGCAGCACAGAAAACUUCAAAGGCAAGGAAGUUGGGAUGGAAGCUGAAACCGUUUUCCAGAAUGCGGAAGAUGUCUUGGAAGAUGUGAAAGAUGUGAAAGACAACAUGUCCUCAGCAGAUGAAUGGGUAGAUGCCGCUGAUCAAUUUGAGCAGAUGACAGAAACUGAGGCAGAGACAUCUCAGGAACAGGUGACGGAAGGUGCUGUUGGAGGAUCCCAACAGUCAGUGGCAACAGACGGUGCUGUUGGAGGAUCCCAACAGUUUGAGGCAACAGAAGGUGUUGGAGGAUCCCAACAGUUGGAGGCAACAGAAGGUGUUGGAGGAUCCCAACAGUCAGAGGCAACAGAAGGUGUUGGGGGAUCCCAACAGUCAGAGGCAACAGAAGGUGCUGUUGGAGGAUCCCAACAGUCAGAGGCAACAGAAGGUGUUGGAGGAUCCCAACAGAUGGAGGCAACAGAAGGUGUUGGAGGAUCCCAACAGUCAGAGGCAACAGAAGGUGCUGUUGGAGGAUCCCAACAGUUGGAGGCAACAGAAGGUGUUGGAGGAUCCCAACAGUCAGAGGCAACAGAAGGUGCUGUUGGAGGAUCCCAACAGUCCGAGGCAAAACCGAUGUCAGAGGGUGCAGUAGGAGGAUGGCAACAUAACUGUCAGGCAGCAACACCCGUAUUCCCGCCACUGUUCCCCAGAACUUUGCAAGAACCUACCGACCCUUCAGAAGACCUCCUUCGCUCCAAAUUUAUCAGACAGGUGACAAAAUACGAGGGAGCACCUGUUGCUCCGAGUGAAGUUUUUGAGCUCCAGUGGACAGUUUAUCAAGACGAGUUAGAUGGCUACCUCACAGAUGGACUGGUGCCUCAAGAUACUGUAGCCUCUGCUGGCAUCGACGAGGAAUCCUAUAAACAAAUGCAGCAGUGUGCACAGGCACUACAGGACCAGCUUUUUGAGGGAAACCUUCUAUUAUGUCUCGGGAAUCUGAGAGGUUUCAGAAGGAUCUUCUCAAGUUCAAAGGAUCCUUGUCUUCGUCAUGCCUUCCGAGGAAACCCACUGGAGGUUCUGCAGAAUAUCUACUACGGGGGCGAGGGGAUACUGCCGGAAGACAGGAUGCUUUUGGACGACCCUUUUCACUACACUAAAAAUCCUGAUUACAUGAAUAAUUGAAGAAUCUGUUGUGACCAGAUGGAAGUUCUCAAGGUGGAAAACCAAAGUGCCUCGUGACUGGAAAACCUUCAAGUAGUCAUCAACUCAACAUGAACUACUACUUUAUAAUAAUUUUAGAUGGUUGUGAGUUCAUCAAGAGGUGAAAUCUGGACCAUUCCAUUUCAUUCGACUUCACCUUGCAAAAUGGAAGUCAGAUUUCACUAAGCCCUACCCCCCCCCC